AUGCCUCGCCAAUUUUUCGUGGGUGGUAACUUCAAGAUGAACGGUACUGCGGACAGCAUUACCUCCAUCAUCAACAACCUCAAUGCCGCCAGCCUGGACAGCUCCGUCGAGGUCGUCGUCUCCCCCCCCACCCUGUACCUGCUCCCCGCCCGCCAGGCCGCCUCCGACAAGAUCUCCGUCGCCGCCCAGAACGUCUACGACAAGCCCAACGGUGCCUUCACCGGUGAGAUCAGUGUCGAGCAGCUCCGUGACGCCAAGAUCAACUGGACCAUCAUUGGCCACAGCGAGCGCCGUGUCAUCCUGAAGGAGAGCGACGAGUUCAUUGCCCGCAAGGUCAAGGCUGCCAUCGAGGGUGGUAUCAGCGUCAUCUUCUGCAUUGGUGAGACUCUUGAGGAGCGUGAGGCCAACAAGACCAUCGACGUCGUCACCAAGCAGCUCAACGCCGUUGCCAAGGAGCUCACCAAGGAGCAGUGGGCCAAGGUUGUCAUCGCCUACGAGCCCGUCUGGGCCAUCGGUACCGGCAAGGUCGCCACGAACGCCCAGGCCCAGGAGGUCCACGCCGCCAUCCGCAAGUGGCUCGUCGAGGCCAUCGCCGCCGACGUCGCCGACAACACCCGCGUCAUCUACGGUGGAUCCGUGAGCGAGAAGAACUGCCGUGACCUCGCCAAGGAGGCCGAUGUUGACGGUUUCCUCGUUGGCGGUGCCAGCUUGAAGCCUGCCUUCGUUGACAUCAUCAACGCUCGUCUGUAA